GCUGCGCCCGCGUAAAAUCUUGGCAGGAUCUCUGCCGAGGGCUCGCGGUGCCGAGCUCGUGUUGGGCAACAUCCUGAUAUGUGUAGUCCUUCUGCAAGCUGCAGGCAUCAUCUGCGUCGCCCAGACAAGCCGGUUGCAAGAGCAACUGCCUAUCUUAGCCGCUGUGAUUGGAUACAGUGGGCUAGCGGGGGCUUGUGCAGUUCCUACAUCGGCCGCAGCGUGUCGCUGUUGCGUCAGAGGGGAGGACUUGGACUUUCACCGCCUAGCGCUCGUUGGCUUCGGUGCUGUGACUUUGUUUCCGGAUGUUCAGGGACAAGAAUGGCUGCGAUGUUUACGUGUUGUCUAGGCUGCUGCGGAGAUGGCGGAACGGGGCACAUACCCCUUAAGGAAAUGCCCACCGUCCAGUUAGAUACGCACCACAUGGGCACAGAUGUUGUCAUUGUGAAAAGUGGCCGGAGAAUAUGUGGCACUGGAGGCUGCCUGGCCAAUGCGCCUCUGCACCAGAACAAGAGUUACUUUGAGUUUAAGAUCCAGUCCACUGGUGUGUGGGGAGUGGGUGUGGCUACACAGAAAGUCAACCUUAAUCAAGUGCCUUUGGGCAGAGACAUCAAUAGCCUCGUCCUGAGGCACGAUGGGUCUGUGUACCACAACAAUGAAGAGAAGAGUUGUCUACCUGCAAACAGCCUUCCUCAGGAGGGAGACAUUGUGGGCAUCACGUACGACCAUGUGGAGCUGAAUUUGUAUCUGAAUGGAAAGAACAUGCACUGUCCUGCCUCAGGCAUCAGAGGCACCGUAUACCCUGUUGUUUAUGUGGAUGACAGUGCCAUCCUAGACUGCCAGUUUAGUGACUUCUAUCACGCUGCUCCACAAGGAUUUGAGAAGAUCCUGUUUGAACAACAAAUAUUCUAGAGGAGCCUUUCAGCCUCAGUCUCUCUUGUUGUUGUCGUUGCCCUCCUCUACCUUUACCAACCUGUGUGACACUACAGUCUGACCUGAUGUUAUGACAACUUGUGGCCUGUUUAUGCUGAUGAUCAUUACCUUGUGUCAGUCAUAAUCACCAGAAACACUUUUUCUCUGUUUACUUUAUAUAUCGCAGUGUAUUCGUGUUUUUCUUCUCAAGGCCACACUGACAACUCAGUUUGUAUUUAUUGAGUCACAAAUCAAAGUGGAAUGUCUCUUUGGUAUGAAACAUCACGAACACAUCAAAUUUAUUUUGACCAGCUAGAAUUUGUGGACUAACUCAGGGUCGCUGUCAGUAUUGAAACGACUCAUCAAGGCCCCAUUCACUUACAUAUUUGCCCUCUUUAUUUAAAACCAAUUAAAAAAACAGUGUUUAUUGCAACAGUUGAGAAGCCACGUCCAUGUUUCAGUUGUUUUGACAUUAUAGAGACCAGUGUAGAUCUUCUCUGAGCUGUUGUGACGGUUCUGGAAAAAAAGAUGGACAGGAUUAUAUUUCAUUAUGGAUUUUUAAAAUCACUUAUAAGAACAGGUGUUUAGUUUCCCCAAACCAUUUCUUGUCCUAAAGUAUUUUAUAGAGUAUUUAUUCUAUUCUACUGUGUAUCCUAAUAUUACCAGAGCUGGUGCUGGUCGACUCAGAUUACAGAGUUCCUGUCAGUCUGUUCUGUGCAUUACAUAUCCGCUGAAGUGCGACUGUCGAUUAUUUAAAAAGCUUGUUUUUGUUUGCUCUAAUGUUAUUGUUCAAGCAAAUCCAAAUAUCGCUGAACCAUUAAACGUCUGUGUUGAAGCAUA